CCUUUCCUUUCCACUCUUGCUUCCUUCUUCUCUCCUCUCCUCUCCUCUUCUCUCCUCUCCUCUCCUACAGCUGAUCUUCCAAACUUGGUCAUGUUCUUCGUUCUGCAGCCAAACACUCUGAGCUUUAAACAACAUCCAUCACACACACUCACACUCACACUCACACACACACACACACACACACACACACACACAGUCGGCUCUGGUCUUUACUCUGUUUCUAUUUUAGCUCGACUCUCUCGGGCGGCGGUCAUGGCUCGCUGCAGGAGUUACUUGCGAGGACUCGACAUCUGUGUCACUGUGCUGCUACUGGUGUCUGGUGUGGUCAUGAUCGGCGUCGGCUUUUCCACCAUCCAUAGCAGCAUACCAGAGCUGUUCGACCAGCUGUCCAGCAGCGAUGGUUUACUGGUCCUGCAGGUGUUUGGCCCGCUCACCGUGCUUUUGUCUGUUCUGGGCGUCUGCGCUGCUUCUUUGGACCUCAAACCUCUUCUGCUGGUGUUUUCUGCUCUGAUAUUCGUGGAGUUUGUGGCUCUGAUGGUUGUUGCCUCACCGCUGGUUCAGGUUCAAGCUCAGAUGGACAGCGAAGUGGAGGAGGUGUUUCUCAACAACACUCCUCUUCACAGAGCAGAACUUGGCAUCCAGGAAGAACUAAUAAAACUUCAGAACUCGGAUUCUUGUUGUGGUUUGAGGAGUUUUGAUGACUGGGAGACUCAUCUUCCUCCCUCCUGCAUCUGCACGCCUCCCUCAUCCCACCCGUCCACCCUGCUGAGCUCUCAGGCCGGUAACUCCAGCUCACAGGAGCCCUGUGUUUUGGUGGAUAAUGACCUUUCACCUCUGACCCCACAAAACACAAAUAAAGUGUGGGUUCACUCCAAGCCAUGUGGUCCCAUCCUGAAGAGCUACCUGAGCUUCCCCAUCAAACUCAGGAUAGGAAUUAUUUCAGCCUUCGCCACCAUUGCGAUGGCGGCCAUAGCUCUGUCCCUGGCGUUGGGUCUGGAGGAAUACUGGAAGACACCUCCAGUAGAAACAACAGUCGACGACUUCAACAGAGUGAAAUACCAACCCAAACCCUCCAUGACCUGACCUCUGACCUCUGACCCCUCACCCAAAACCUAGGCAUCAGUACGCACUGCAUCAGGAUGCUGCCUUGGGCAAGGUGAUUAAUAAAAGAAUCAUCCGUUCUUUCGGGAAUUUCAAAACAGCAUAUUUAUUUUUGAUAAAACAGUGACUUAAAUCUGUGACUGGGCUGUAAUUAUUUUAUGUAAUUAUUGGAAAUUUUUUUAAUUUUUGAAGGUUAUGCCAACUUGCAAAACAUGCAAACCUCCUGCAGAGCACCUCCUGACUUUUGGGCUUCUGUCAUAAUAACAGCCUCACAGUCACAGUCGACAGGAAGUGUAGAAGAUAAUGAGGCCGCUUUAGGGAGGUUCUCACGAUGAUGUUAUUCCGACAGUGUUUUUUGUUGUUUUUUUGUUGGGGAGGAGGGUAUCUGUGUUUUGAGAUGUUGCUGUGGAGUUGAGUCAUUGACCCUUUGAGGCUCCAAACAGUCGCCUGCCUUUCCUGUCAUCGGCUUUAUAAUGAUAUUUAAACUGGGUAGGGGUCCAAAAACAUGCCUGAAAUGCUGGUGUUCUUCUCACUGACUUUGCAGAGCUGUUAUCCAAUCACAAUGCUUGUUUUAUUUUUGAUUUUUGAAAGCCAGUGACUCUAGACUCCUCUCAGAGAGCUCAUAACUUGCAACUCAGGACUGCUGAAAACUUUAAUCUAAAAAAGGAGGGGUGGCUGAUGGUUGGGAUGAAAUGUCUCUCGUCCUUGAAAAAAGUGCUUUAUAAAUAAAGUUUACUCUUGUUUACGCAAAUGCA